AUGUUUGUGUUACGAAAACCGGCAAAUAUGAAUGCAUAUGAUUAUUCAGUGUUUACCCAACAUCCUCCAGAUCUAGAAAUGCAAGGGGGAGGAUUACCUCCUCCAAUCAAGGAAUCACAGAUUAGAGCAUGGGAAUCGGCAGAAAGAGUAUCGCAUAAUAUCAUCUUUGGAAAUAAUAAUAUCAACUCCAGUGAAUCUGAAUUUGAAGAAAGUGAACCUGAAAAUGAAGAUACUAAUACCAAUCCAAUAAUAUCAAUUCCAGGAUAUACAAAAGGAGAAAUCAAUAUCUUGGUAUCAUCCUAUAAACAAACCCAACAACUCCCGAAACAUCAAUAUGAAACCCAUGACCCCGACCGUGAAGAACGAAAGAAAUUACUUGAAUAUAAACGUAAAAUAAUGACAAAGCAAGAGAGAAUCUAUAUGCAACAUCAACAACUACUGACUUCAAAUAUGGGGAAUAAACGAAAAUUACAAAUUUCUCAAAAGAAAGAAUUAUUAUCGAGAUUAUUUGGAUAUGGAAAUUUAUUAAAUCUAGAAUAUGUGACUAAUAAUUCUCAUUAUUCUCCGAUUGAUAGUUUGUCUAGUGUUCAGAGAUGUAUGAAUGAGGAUAAAGAGGAGAUGUCGGCUUUGAUUGAGGAGAAUAAGGCGUUUAUUCAGAUUCAAGAAGAGAUGAUGCAGAAUUUUAAAGGAGUAACAUCAUCAUCGGAUAACAAUUCGAUGACAUCGAAGUAUAAUACCAGAAGACGAAAUUCUCAGUCAAUUGAAGAUCUGACCAAUAAUAAUGAAUUCGAUCUUGAUAGGGUUCAAGAGAUGAUGAGAAGGAGAUUGGAUAGGAUAUAUGAUCGAAAUAUUAAUCAAUAUGAAGGAAUAAUAACUGAUAGUAAAGAUGAUGAAGAAUAUCGAGAGUUUAGUUUUGAUAGUGAAGAUAUUAUUGAUCAUAGAAUGGAUGAACAUGGUGAUGAAGAUCUCGGGAAUGGGGAUAUGGAUAAGGAAUUGAUAGAGUUUACUGUGGGACAAUUGAGAAAGUAUAUUAAACAAGAGUAG